UGUGUCCACAAAACGAAGGCAGCGUUUUGAUUAUAUAUAACCAUGAGCCAAUCAGAAGACCCCUUAUAUUUGAACUGUCUUCUAUUGAGCAAUCAUACAGGCUAUUAGAAACGAGAAAGUACAUUUUUGGCUCCAUGUCUCGAAUUUUCAGGCUUCCCGCGGUUGGGAAAAAGGGGUGGUCGCUUAGGAAUGUACUCGUUUGUUGACAAGAUGGCGGCUUGUUGCUACGAGAAGUGAACAUUGAAUGUUGUAGCAAAAAAAAUAGAGGAGUUUAAUCUAGUUCUUUUGCAUAAGACGCUGUAACUUUGAAAAAUGAGUAAUAAACUGUCAAGCAAGCCAUCGAAAAGAGACCGUCCAAAAUCAACAGAUAAGUCCAAGGGUAAAAAGCAGAUCGCUGGGACUCCAGAGAAAGCAGGAAGCCCAGUGGCAUCGGCCAUUGCCGUGCAAGACGAGGCGCUUUCGGGAUCAUUGAAUGGCAAAGUAAUCAGUGGAGACGAUGUAGAAUCUCUAGCUAUCAACUUGGAUGAAUUGAAGAAGACUCGUCCCCCGAAGAAACCUGAGGUAGCCAAGCCUUCCACCAAGGUAGUAGUGCGAAAAGCUCGGAUAAAGACAGAUACAGGGCAGUCCGCAGGAAAAAGUAUAACUGUAGCAAAGCCAGCUCCUCUGGAUUUUCCCUUGGUGUCCACCCCCCUGACAGGUUCAGCUGGCCCAGUGUUUGAUGCUGAUGGACAGGUCCUAACUCACAGCAUUCUGGGAACAUGGGAGGACUUUUACCAGGAGGCUAUGGCUAGAGGGGACAUUGAGAAUCUUCCACCAUUUUCUGGGUCAUUUGUGCAUGCCAAGGAAGUACGACCAUUCUCAGAUUCUCCCAAGAAAACCAAACGAUCCCAUCCAAACCAUGUGUGGCAAACAAGGAUUAAUGAAAGCAAUGCCCUGAACAACUGGCAGCAGCAAAUGUUGCAGAGAAAACGGCAGCAGAACCACCUCUCAGCACUGUUGCAGACCUCUACAGAUAUGUUGGUGAUGAAUCAGAGUGAAGAUUACAGAAAAAAUCAGGAACAGAGGCAUGUGAUAGACAGAGCUAUCCCAUCUGUGGAUUAUGGCAAAGGGUACCAAGUAGGGAGUGAAUUCUGGAAGCAAGUGGAGCAGAUUGGAAAUGAUGAGACAGGCAUCACGAUGACACUUACCCAGACUGAGCGUGGUUACCCACCUCCAAUAGAACACAUCAGCAAGCCAAUCACCAUCAAGAAUGAAAUGGGUAUAGAGUGGUCUUCAACACAUCGUAAGGCGGCCGUCCACUACCCCUGGCAAGCAUCUGGUUUCCUGCAGGAGAGAAAAGAGCAACUUAACAGCGUGAUGAAUGAGAUUGAUCCUCACCAGCCGUACAUGGAUGAGCUUGAGGUGGUCGGUGGGAGAGAGCUUCCACACCAAUCCAAGCAUGCCAUGUCGACGGUGCCAGAAGAGGAGGAGCCGAUGGCCGAACAAUCACCCCAUCUCAGAGACCCAUUGGCUAGCUACGCUGAUGUCAUUCCGCAGCCCAUAUUUGGUCCCUCGCUAACCAUCGACGGCCAAACCGCGCAAUGGACUGGUUCCAGCACUAAUGGCCUUGGGCGAGUGGGCGUGGCUAGCCGUGUGACAUUCGAGGCGAACACGGGAGAACGAGUGGUUUCUCUACUGCAUAUCUGUAAUGACGGCACAACUGCCAUUUAUUUCUCCUGGAAGAGGGUCCCAAAAGCCAACACUUUGGGCACCAAGCUAGCUGGGCGAACACAGCGCUUCUACUUUGACACCAACAGCAGAGUGAUACUUCCGGGAGAGACCCUGAAGUUCCCAUUCAUCUUCAAAUCUCUAAAUGCUGGAAUUUUCUCCGAGAACUGGGAGCUAUUGACCGAGCCUGUUCUGUGUGGUGGGGGAGCCAUCAGGGUCUGUCUAAGAGGUAUUGCCAUUGAGGAGGAUGUGUACGCAGAUGCUCGUCGCGAGAUAGAGAAAGAGCUAGCUCAUCGGGAGGCCAUAGAAGCAGCCGCUCGUAUCUUACAGGAGAUCUUGGAUGGUGUGCGAACUCCUGAGAGAUCCCGCUCACCCGUGGAUGCCUACAUUACGGAGGAGGAAAUAUUUUCCAGACAGAACAAAGGGAUGCAUUUCCAGGACGAAGCUGUGCAGAGUCUGAAGGAGAUCUUUGUAGAGGUGGAGCCUGGGGCAGAAUGGGACCUCUCGGUGGGGGGGCUACAACAGCGCAUUAUGGUAGUCGAAGAUGAUGACACUCGUGACAGCUUACUUCAGCGGCUAAACCAGGCCAUCGUGUCGCUCUCCUUCCCGCCCCCCACCCCUAUGAAGCAGGCCAUGUAUACUGCCACGCUUCAGGUGUUGUGCGAGAUGGUGGAUAACAUCGUGGGACAAGCGGUAAUGAUCAGAUCUAUCCUGGGUCUACCUCAGAGAGAUCUGGUGGAGGACAUUUCACAAGAAGAAGUCGAAAAGCGUACCCGUAAGCCAACUAUUCAGGAACCCAAACCGGACAGUAAGAAGUCGGACAGAAAGGACAAGAAGGGCAAAGACAAAGGCGCUGAUCACGAGCGUCCCACGUCAACACAAAGAAGUAAACUUUCUGCCAAGAAAUCCGGACGAGGAACUGCCACACCCUCUUCCCAGCCCAAGUCUGCACUGAGCGAGGCAGCUGACCGCGCACUGACUCCAGCUAGUGGCGACGGGCUGCCUGUGGAAAAGGUCGAUCCGGUGAUCGAGGCUAAGUACCGCGAGAAGCUCUUUAUACAGGCAUAUGGCACAAUUGUGGAAACAUUCACGAAACUCGACAUGGUCCUGGGGGACAUUAGGGCACUGGAGACGUCUGAGGCAUCGGAAUGAUGACCCACAUGUUUCUAAUGGGAUCCAUAGUUGUACUUCUAUGAACCCUAUGAUUAAACGACCUUUUUUGAGA